AUCAGAUUCUCUCCGGAGGCGGUAUCGCGGUGCAUGAAUAUUGAUUACGCAGCGCCGCGCGGAGCGCCCGCCCCUCUCGGCUGGCCGACGCUCGCGGCUCGCGCUCAGGCUUGCGAUGGGGAAGAAGUCCCGGGCGGUACCCGGCCGCAGGCCUAUCCUGCAGCUCUCGCCGCCGGGGCCCCGAAGCAACACGCCGGGCAGGGAUCCGGAGCCGGAACCCGACACGGAACCGGACUCGACGGUGGCGGCGCCUAGCCAGACAGCUCCGGCGGCGCCACCGACGACGACGACGACAAACACGGUGACUACUGCCGCCGGGGUCCCGGAAGACUCGCCUUCAGAAGGUAAAGAUGAACAGGAAGUGGUGGUGGAGGUUCCCAGAGUUGUUCAGAAUCCUCCCAAACCAGUCAUGACCACCAGACCUACAGCCGUUAAAGCAACAGGAGGCCUGUGCCUACUUGGUGCAUAUGCUGACAGUGAUGAUGAUGAGAGUGAUGUUUCAGAAAAACCAGCACAGUCUAAAGAGGCAAAUGGAAACCAGUCAGCCGAUAUUGAUAGUACAUUGGCCAACUUCCUAGCGGAGAUUGAUGCUAUAACAGCUCCUCAGCCUGCAGCUCCUGUAGGAGCUUCUGCUCCACCUCCAACUCCACCUCGACCAGAGCCAAAGGAAUCAGCAACGUCUGCCCUUUCUUCUACUACUACAAAUGGAACGGACUCAACUCAGACCGCAGGGUGGCAGUAUGAUACUCAGUGUUCAUUAGCAGGAGUUGGAAUUGAGAUGGGAGAUUGGCAAGAAGUCUGGGAUGAGAACACAGGAUGCUAUUAUUAUUGGAACACACAAACAAAUGAAGUGACUUGGGAGUUACCCCAGUAUCUUGCCACCCAGGUACAGGGAUUACAACAUUAUCAGCCCAGUUCUGUAACAGGUGCUGAAGCUAAUUUUGCAGUUAAUACAGACGUGUAUACUAAGGAGAAAAACGUUUCUAUUUCCAGUGGUAAAAGUGGACCAGUCAUAGCCAAGCGAGAAGUUAAAAAGGAAGUAAAUGAAGGAAUUCAGGCUCUCUCAAAUAGUGAGGAGGAGAAGAAAGGGGUGGCAGCAUCACUGCUUGCUCCUUUGUUGCCUGAGGGAAUAAAAGAGGAAGAAGAGAGAUGGAGAAGAAAAGUGAUUUGUAAAGAAGCAGAGCCAGCCUCAGAAGUGAAAGAAACAAGUACAACAGCAGAAGAAGCAGCAACAAUAGCAAAACCACAGGAAAUUACAUUGGACAACAUGGAAGACCCUUCUCAGGAGGAUCUUUGCAGUGUUGUUCAAUCUGGAGAGAGUGAAGAAGAAGAGGAACAAGAUACCCUUGAGCUGGAACUUGUUUUGGAAAGAAAAAAAGCAGAGUUACGAGCCUUGGAGGAAGGAGAUGGUAGUGUGUCAGGGUCUAGUCCAUGUUCUGACAUCAGCCAGCCAGCAUCUCAGGAUGGAAUGCGUAGACUUAUGUCUAAAAGGGGGAAAUGGAAGAUGUUUGUUCGAGCUACAAGUCCAGAAUCUACCAGUCGGAGUUCUAGCAAAACUGGACGAGAGACUCCAGAAAAUGGAGAAACUGUAGUUGGUGCUGACACUUCAGAAAAAAUAGAUGAGAAUUCAGACAAAGAGAUGGAGGUAGAAGAAUCUCCAGAGAAGAUAAAAGUACAGACAGCGCCUAAAGAAGAAGAACAGGAUUUGAAAUUUCAGAUUGGAGAACUGGCAAAUACCCUGACAAGUAAAUUUGAAUUCCUAGGCAUUAAUAGACAGUCCAUCUCCAACUUUCAUGUGCUGCUCCUACAGACUGAGACUCGGAUUGCAGACUGGAGGGAAGGGGCUCUUAAUGGAAACUACCUUAAACGAAAACUUCAGGAUGCAGCAGAACAACUAAAACAGUAUGAAAUAAACGCCACUCCUAAAGGCUGGUCCUGCCACUGGGACAGGGAUCAUAGACGAUAUUUCUAUGUAAACGAACAGUCGGGCGAGUCUCAGUGGGAGUUUCCAGAUGGUGAGGAGGAGGAGGAAGAAAGCCAAGCACAAGAAAGUAGAGACGAGACUCUUCCUAAACAGACCUUGAAAGACAAAACUGGCACUGAUUCAAAUUCUGCAGAAUCUUCUGAGAAUUCCACAGGUUCUCUUUGUAAAGAGUCCUUUUCUGGCCAAGUUUCUUCUUCAUCACUCAUGCCACUUACUCCAUUCUGGACCCUCCUUCAGUCAAAUGUGCCCGUGCUUCAACCUCCAUUACCUUUGGAAAUGCCACCACCCCCACCUCCACCCCCAGAAUCCCCUCCUCCCCCUNCUCCCCCUCCCCCUCCCCCUCCUCCUGUAGAAGAUGGUGAGAUCCAGGAGGUAGAGAUGGAGGAUGAGGGAAGUGAGGAGCCUCCUGCCCCAGGAACAGAGGAGGAUACUCCAUUGAAACCUUCGACACAAACCACAGUUGUAACUAGCCAGAGUUCAGUUGAUUCUACCAUCUCUAGUUCUUCAUCCAGUAAAGCGAUAAAAAGAAAAGCUACAGAAAUUAGUACUGCAGUAGUUCAGAGAUCGGCUACCAUUGGUAGUUCUCCGGUACUCUACAGCCAGUCAGCUAUAGCUACAGGUCACCAGGCAGCAGGGAUUGGACAUCAGUCUGCAGGGAUUGGACACCAGGCAAUAUCAGUUAGCCAUCCAGCAACAGGAAUGGGUCAUCAAGCCAGAGGAAUGAGCCUACAGUCAAAUUACCUAGGACUUGCAUCAGCUCCUGCAAUUAUGAGCUAUGCUGAAUGUUCUGUCCCAAUGGCAGUGACUGCUUCCACAUUGCAACCAGUUCAGGCCCGAGGUGCUGUGCCUACCACUGCCAUUAUUGAACCACCACCACCACCACCUCCUCCUCCUCCUCCUCCACCACCACCAGCUCCCAAAAUGCCGCCACCUGAGAAGACCAAAAAAGGAAAGAAAGAUAAGGCAAAGAAGAGUAAAACCAAAAUGCCGUCUCUGGUAAAGAAGUGGCAGAGUAUCCAGCGUGAGUUAGAUGAAGAGGAGAACUCUAGUUCCAGUGAAGAGGACCGGGAAUCAACUGCACAGAAGCGAAUCGAAGAGUGGAAACAGCAGCAGCUGGUCAGUGGCAUGGCAGAAAGGAAUGCUAAUUUUGAAGCUCUUCCUGAGGAUUGGCGAGCAAGACUGAAGAGGAGGAAAAUGGCUCCAAACACAUAGUUUUGUGGGGGGAGGGGGAUUGUUUUUUUAUUACUGAUUUUUUUUUCUUUUUGUGUUCAGUUCAGAGUCUUCACCAGUUUUACUGUUGUCAAUAAACUAUAAAUGUUAUGAGGGAGAGCAUAUGAAUUUCCUGGGCAAGAGCAUACAUGUACAGAGUUUUCACACUUGUGAAAUGUGAUUUUUCUGUUUUGCUGAAGGGUGAGGUUGACCAAAUGCUUUGACCUGGCUGCCUUUAUUCUCACACUGGUAAACUCAGCGUAUCAGGUACAUUAACCUCAUCGAUCUGGAACCUGUGAUUCAGGAGUAUGAUUACCUCAGCAGAGGACUCACUGAUGAAACGUGAAGGAUUUCCCGUCUCAUAGAGGCUCAUUUAGUUCCUAGUGCGGCUCUCUCUCAUUAACUUCUACUCCAGAACAAGUGCAAUUAAGAAGGCAGCUCUGUAUUCUGUUUUGCUUAACUGGGAUUGUCGGAAUCUCUGAACUCUUAGCCUGCCACCCCUGAAGUGCUGAGGUGUAUUGAGGUGUUUACCUUGUGCUGACAGAUGGCCACACUCUUUAGAGAACUCUUUCUCACAAAUUCUAGAACUGGUAGCUCCAUCGUUUCACACACUAGUGGCGUAUUCAAAUUUCAAUACAGGCAGCAGCAGGUGUUCAUAUCUUUAAUUUUGAGGAUUUCCCCCUCAUGUAUGUGGCAGUAAAUGUAACAAGAGCCACUGUAUGUGUUAAUGUGUCUCCGUUGUCUUACCUUGUUCCAAAAUUCACCUCCCUUUUAUGUGAAUGUACUCUGCAUAAGAUUCCAGUAUUUAAAAAGCAGUUUACUGUUCUGUACUUUCUCUUGUAUCACAAUCAGGUAAAAGUCACUUUAAACUGAAGAAACGGCAAAUUGUGUUUUAAAGCUGUUUGUAUUUCUCCAGUUUCUGGCCUUGUAAAUUUGUAUAUAGGCUCUAAUAAAGCUUUUUUUAUACUUCUGA